AUGUCUGAUUACGAAGCUUUAUUACAAUUCAAUAGAAAAAGAGUUAAUAAUGAGAUGAUUGAUUUUUUAGUCUCCACUACCAAUUCAAUCAUUCAAAUUGAAUCUGAAACUUCUUCUACUUCCCAACAAAUUCCAUCAUUGGCUUUAUUUAUUAAAAGACUGAUUGUUCAUUCCAACGUUCAAACUCCAACUUUAAUGUCAACGUUGGUUUAUUUGACUAAAUUAAGAGAAAUUAUACCCUCCGAUGUGGUUGGUAUUGAAACUACAAGACAUAGAAUCUUUAUUGGUUGUUUAAUCUUGGCAGCUAAAUCUUUGAAUGAUUCUUCUCCUUUAAAUAGACAUUGGACUCAAUAUACAAAUGGGUUGUUUAAAAUUCAAGAGAUUAACACUAUAGAAAGAGAAUUGUUGGAAUAUUUCAAUUGGGAUGUCACUAUCAAAUUGCCAGAUUUAUAUACUUCCUUAUCUGCAUUCUUACAACCAAUCAAAGAACAACUCGUUUUAUCUAGAGAUACUACCAUGUUGAAACCCAAGGUAUUUGGUAUCAACAAUUCUAAUCGUGGUUCAAAUACCAUGGGGGCUGCUAUCCAACGUCCAAUUACACCUUCUUCAUCUGCUCAUUCAUCCAUUUAUUCACGUUAUAACCAGCCAUCUACUAACCGUAGUAACAUUUCUCUUCAAUCAUCUCGUGCUUCAUCACAAAGAUCUAUUCCAUCAUUAUACUCAUCUAGUACAAUUGCAUCAGGGUCCACUAUUAACAAUCUAUAUGCUAAUCCAAAUUAUAAUGAAAGUAAGAUGUUCACCAUUAACGAAUCUAAAAAAAUGAAUAGCAAUAUUUUUAGUAAAAAGCAAAAUCAAAAUAAUUAUACUAAUAUGAUUUCUAACCCAUAUAACACACCAUUGACAUCAAACAAAGAAAAUGUACCAACUCAAUUAGACUUGGAAAGUCAAAUCCCAUCUUUCACUCCAGUACAUAAUAAUCAAAAAAAUAAUAAUGUCACAAGACCGAUUUUCUUGAAAUCUUCAUCUUCUAAAAGUUCUUUACAAAGUACAAAAAGUAUUAAAAAAUCAGCAUGGCAUACUAUUUUUGGGUAA